AUGGACCGCCACGUCGUGUUGUUCUUGACAAAUGCCGAGCUCAGCCAGGCCAAUAUCCAUCUCGCCGUCGCCCACGAACUGCUCCUGCGACCCGGCUACGACGUGCACAUUGCCUCUUUCGAGCCGCUGCGCGACGAAGUCGAGAAGCUCAACUCCACCGUCGCUACGCUGACCACCACAUCCCCAGCCAAUGCGGCCACUUUCCAUCGGCUCGCUGGUGCGACUUUAAAAGAGGCCUUUGCGCAGCACCCGGCGGUCGAGCGUCUGCGCGCCCCCGGCUUUGGCAUUCGUGCCACGGCCGCGUACAAGGGCUUGAUUCCCGUGACCCUCGCGCUCUGGGAUAACGGUGCCGAUUACUUGACCAUCUACCACAGCUGUGUCGAGGCUAUCCAGCAGGCCAAACCGACUCUCAUUGCGGUCGAUCCGUUUCUCGCGCCGGGCAUCGAUGCUUGUCAGGUUACCAACUCGCGCUUCUGUCUUCUCAGCCCGAAUACCUUUCUCGAGCAUAUCCCGUCUCUGCGGUUGACCAAGCCGUGGAAGUAUCCGCAGUACACACUUCCGAGCCUGGAGCGGUUUCGCAACGCCAAUGGCAUCCCCGGGCCCACACCGUCGUUACUGAACUCCCAGCUGCGCAAGGUUCCCUGCCUGCUGCCAUCGCGCCGGGACACAGACUUUCCAUGCUCGAUUCCCUCGAACUUCACCUGCUGCGGCCCCAUCCUGCGCCCAUACCGUCCGAUCACCGAAGAAAACCCGGCGCUGGCUACAUGGCUGGCGCGCCAGGCGACUGUUCUUGUCAACAUGGGGUCGCACGUUACGUGGACUCCGUUGGAGACGGCUCGGUUUGCAGCGGGUCUAAGGACAUUGCUGGCUCACCGGGCAGAUAUCCAAGUCCUGUGGAAGCUACAGCGUGCGUUUCCAGACGGACAGCCUCUCAGUCAACUUUCAAUGGAGGGGCUGGAGACCAUUGUGAACUACAUUCAGAACGACCGAGUCAAGGUGCUUUCUUGGCUGCCUGUAGAACCGAUUUCGGUCUUGCAGAGCGGUCGCGUUGUAUGCAUGGUGCAUCAUGGAGGAUCCAACUCGUACCACGAGGCUAUCCGAGCCGGCGUCCCCCACGUCGUCCUCCCAGUCUGGCUCGACACGUACGACUUCGCUGUGCGAGUGGAAUGGCUCGGCAUCGGUGUUUGGGGGAGUCAUCGGACCGCACCGAUUGUCGAUAGUGGGGACCUCGGGUCGGCGUUGGUGCGAGUGAUGGCUAGCAGCGAGUCGGCUGGAAUGAUGCAACGAGCACAGGGGAUCGCUAACGGUCUGGGUACGGAGGGCCGGGUUGUGGCUUGUGAGAAGAUAGUGGAGAUGGUGAGCAAGACGCUCGGGAAGUGA